UUCAGGUAGUUAAGCGAUUUAGAGAAAAUGAAAGAAAAGGGAAACUCAAAGCCUAGUUAUUUUUUUGCCAUCAUCGCCAAAGCCAUUGUUUACAUACAAUUCAAGACAUAAAACAGUGGCGGACUUCCCAAGCCAAACUCUAUACAAAGCUUUGUUUUUAUUAUUUUUUUCUUUUUUAUUAGUUCCUUCUGUUCCACUGACAAUCCAAGGUUCCCUCCUUCGCUUUAAAUCAAUAUCAAAUCUUGUGAGAGACAACCACAUACACAUAGAUAGAUAGAUGGCUAGCAUUGCUGGUACAUGUCCUUUAGGAGCAUUGCUCAGAAACAAAGUCUCUGAAAGCAAUGGGAUAUCUCUGGUUCAUUAUGAUGGCCUUAGAUUGUCUCACAAAAUGCAAAUGCCUUCAACUGCCAGUAUGUCAAGCGGGUACACUUCUGCUUCAUCCCUGAAAUGCGGAACAAUCAAGGCCAUGGCUGCUCCAACUGUAGCAGCUCCUAAGAGAGAAAAAGAUCCAAAAAAGCGAGUAGUAAUAACAGGAAUGGGUCUUGUGUCAGUCUUUGGCAGUGACAUUGAUACAUUUUACAACAAGCUUCUUGAGGGAGAAAGUGGGAUAAGCCUAAUAGAUAGGUUUGAUGCAUCAAACUUCUCAGUCCGUUUUGGUGGUCAGAUACGUGAUUUCUCUUCAGAAGGCUAUAUUGAUGGCAAGAAUGAUAGGCGCCUUGAUGAUUGUUGGAGAUAUUGCAUAGUUGCAGGCAAGAGGGCCCUUGAUGAUGCCAACCUUGGACAUGAAGUUCUUCAGAAUAUGGACAGAACAAGAAUAGGAGUUUUGGUGGGAACAGGAAUGGGAGGUUUAACUGCUUUCAGCACUGGUGUGGAAGCUCUUAUACAGAAGGGUUAUAAGAAAAUUACUCCAUUUUUCAUUCCCUACUCAAUCACCAACAUGGGUUCUGCAUUGUUGGCUAUAGACACUGGCCUAAUGGGUCCCAAUUAUUCAAUUUCUACUGCAUGUGCAACAGCAAAUUACUGCUUUUAUGCAGCUGCUAAUCACAUUAGAAGAGGUGAAGCAGAUAUUAUGGUGGUUGGUGGAACUGAAGCUGCAAUCAUGCCUACUGGUGUUGGAGGCUUCAUUGCUUGCAGGGCUUUGUCUCAGAGGAAUGAAGACCCCAAGAAGGCUUCAAGACCAUGGGACAAAGACCGCGAUGGUUUUGUCAUGGGUGAAGGCUCUGGUGUGCUGAUAAUGGAGAGCUUGGAGAGUGCAACAAAAAGGGGAGCCAAAAUAAUAGCCGAAUAUUUGGGGGGUGCCAUAACUUGUGAUGCUCAUCACAUGACCGAUCCAAGAUCUGAUGGACUUGGAGUUUCAUCUUGUAUCAAGAAGAGUUUAGAAGAUGCAGGGGUUUCCUCCGAAGAGGUGAACUAUGUGAAUGCUCAUGCCACGUCAACACUAGCUGGUGACCUGGCUGAGGUUAAUGCAAUCAAAAAGGUUUUUAAGGACACAUCAGAAUUGAAAAUGAAUGCGACUAAGUCAAUGAUUGGUCAUGGUCUUGGUGCUGCUGGUGGUUUGGAAGCUAUAGCAACAAUGAAAGCAAUAACAACAGGCUGGUUACAUCCAACCAUUAACCAAGAUAACUUGGAGGUUGAUGUUACAAUUGACACUGUCCCUAACGUUAAGAAGCAGCAUGAAGUUAAUGUUGCUAUCUCCAACUCAUUUGGGUUCGGUGGACACAAUUCAGUAGUUGUCUUCGCCCCAUUCAGGCCCUAAGUAGAAUUCGAGCUAAAGUUGAUUUUUUCUUUCUUUCACAUUGUGAGAACCAUGAUUUCGGGACUUUAAUUCAUAUGGAUUAUGCACGAGAUUUUUUCUCUUUUUCUUUUUGGUAUGUAUUGAAAUCAUAACAGGG